GCAGCGCCGGCUCCCUCCCGGUACCCGCCUCGGCCCCGGGCUUGGAAGCCGCUCCGGGGGCGCCCCUUUGGACAGCGACGCCGGCUACCCAGAGCCCCCGGCCCCAGUCCCCGGAGAUCCAGGCUCGCCAGCGCCCAGCCAGGGAGGUGGCCAGGAAGCGCGAUGGGGGCCCCUUCCGCCCUGCCCCUGCUCCUGCUCCUCGCCUGCUCCUGGGCGCCCGGCGGGGCCAAUCUUUCCCAGGACGGCUACUGGCAGGAGCAGGAUUUGGAGCUGGGAACUCCGGCUCCACUGGAGGAGGCCCUCAGCUCCACAGUCUGGAGCAACCCUGACCUGCUGGCCAGUCAAGAUAGCCAGCCCUGGACAUCUGAUGAAACAGUGGUGGCUGGUGGCACAGUAGUGCUCAAGUGCCAAGUGAAAGACCAUGAAGACUCAUCUCUGCAGUGGUCUAACCCUGCCCAGCAGACUCUAUACUUUGGGGAGAAGAGAGCCCUUCGAGAUAAUCGGAUUCAGCUGGUUAGCUCCACCCCGCAUGAGCUCAGCAUCAGCAUCAGCAACGUGGCUCUGGCCGACGAGGGCGAGUACACAUGCUCCAUCUUCACUAUGCCUGUGCGGACCGCCAAGUCCCUCGUCACUGUGCUCGGAAUCCCACAGAAACCCAUAAUCACUGGUUAUAAGUCAUCGUUGCGGGAAAAGGAGACAGCCACUCUAAAUUGUCAGUCUUCUGGGAGCAAACCUGCAGCCCAGCUCACCUGGAGGAAAGGUGACCAAGAACUCCACGGGGACCAGACGCGAAUCCAGGAAGAUCCCAAUGGGAAAACCUUCACUGUGAGCAGCUCAGUGUCGUUCCAGGUUACCCGGGAGGAUGAUGGAGCAAACAUCGUGUGCUCUGUGAACCAUGAAUCUCUGAAGGGAGCUGACAGAUCCACCUCUCAGCGCAUUGAAGUGUUAUACACACCAACAGCCAUGAUUAGGCCAGAACCUGCUCAUCCUCGUGAAGGCCAGAAGCUGUUGUUACAUUGUGAGGGGCGUGGCAAUCCAGUCCCUCAGCAGUACGUGUGGGUAAAGGAAGGCAGCGAGCCACCCCUCAAGAUGACCCAAGAGAGUGCACUCAUCUUCCCAUUUUUGAACAAAAGCGACAGUGGCACCUAUGGCUGUACAGCCACGAGCAACAUGGGCAGCUAUACAGCCUACUUCACUCUCAAUGUCAACGACCCUAGUCCAGUGCCCUCAUCCUCCAGUACUUACCACGCCAUCAUUGGAGGGAUCGUGGCUUUCAUCGUCUUCCUGCUGCUCAUUCUACUCAUUUUCCUUGGACACUAUUUGAUCCGGCACAAAGGAACGUACCUGACACACGAAGCGAAGGGCUCCGACGACGCCCCAGAUGCAGAUACGGCCAUCAUCAACGCAGAAGGCGGGCAGUCAGGCGGGGAUGACAAGAAGGAAUAUUUCAUCUAGGGGCACCCACACACCUCCUGCGCCCCCCAGGAGCCCCAUGGGGACUGCUGGGCUGUCACCAACCUGGACUUGUACAGAGCGACCCCAGGGCCGCCCCUCCCGCUUGCUCCCCAGUCCACCCAGCCCCCUGUACAGAAUGUCUGCUUUGGGUGCGGUUUUGUACUCGGUUUGGAAUGGGGGGAGGAGGGCGGGGGGGAGGGGUGGGUCGCCCUCAGCCCCUUUUGUGGCUUCUCUGCGUUUGGGUUAUUAUUAUUUUUGUAACAAUCCCAAAUCAAAUCUGUCUCCAAGGCUGGAGAGGCAGGGGCCAUGGGGGUAAGGUGAGCAAUGAACCCGCAAUGUUCAGAGGAGGAAGUUGGAGGGAUUAGAAACGAAUGAGGAGCAGGGCUGGUUUGCUGGUGGGGGCUUAACACAGCCCUCCUUCCAUUUUUACAGCAGAUGUGUCGCCAAGGAACCUGGGAAUGGAAGCAGGGGCUAGUAGUGUCUCAUCUUCUACCAGCCCUGCACUACAGACAGGGAGACAGGUGUCACACUGACACCUCUCUUCCACUACAUGAGAAAGAAACAAGAAAGAGAGUGUUCGAGAUAUGAUCUGGAGAUAGCAUGCAGCCACACAGGGAUCCAGGGCUUCAACAUGUUCUUCCCAGAGAGAGUAGAUAUCCGGAGAGGGUGGCGAAAACAGCCCUGAUCACCCAUUGCCCCCCACAUGAAUGAAGCUAGGCUCCUUUAAGAGAAUCUGCCCUUGGGGGACAAUAGAGUUCAGCUUUCUCUCCCAGCUCCAGCAGCUGUGGAGAAGGGAGCUGUGGACCUGUACAACGUCUGCUGCCCCCACCUCAGAGGGGCCCCUCACUCUUACCCAAGCCCCUGGACUGUUGCACGGCAACCGAUCCUCUUAUGGCAUUGCUCAGCAACUACUCCUCCACCCUGUGUCACCCCGUGCCCUCUCCUGUUCCCUGUGCCAGCCCUCGGUCCCUCCUCCCUCAGCAGCCAGGCAGACAUGACAACAAAAUUACUAAAAGGAGCUUCACUGCAGUGAGCUGUUUCCUGCCCAAA